AUGGCCAUCCACAAGGCUUUGCUUCUUGCAAUCCUUGGUUGCAUCUGCCUCGGUGGUACUGUCAUUUCAGCUCGUGAGCUGAACGAUGACUUGUCGAUGUUCUGGCUCGGCGUCAACCAGUUCGCUGAUAUCACCAAUGAUGAGUUCAGGACAACCAACACAAACAAGGGGUUGAAAUCAAACUCCAUGCGAGUUCUUUCUACAGGAUUCAAGUAUGAGAAUUUGAGUUUUGAUGCUCUUCCAACAACGAUGGACUGGAGGGCUAAGGGGGCUGUCACCCCUAUCAAGGAUCAAGGCCAGUGUGGCUGCUGUUGGGCAUUUUCUGCCGUUGCCGCGACAGAGGGCAUUGUAAAAGUGAAAACCGGCAAGUUAAUCUCACUGUCAGAGCAAGAGUUGGUUGACUGUGAUGUUCAUGGUGAAGUUCAAGGCUGCGAGGGAGGACUCAUGCAUGGAUGA